CGACUCCACCUCCACCAAAUGUCCAAAUCGCCUUCCAUGGCUGCGCAACCCUAACGCCUCCCCCGCCACCUCGCCGCGCGGAUGGACCACGCGCCGCCGGCACCGGCGCCGGCGCCGGACCCCGGAAGCUGCCUCGAGGUCCGCCUAUUCUACGUGCGCCUCUCGCCGCACGGCGGGGCGGCCCCACCCCCGCGCCUCGCGCUCGAGCUCCGCCCCGCGGGCGGCGAGGGCCCCGCCCCCGCCAUCCCCCUCCCGCUACGGCUCGACCGCCACGACGCCGCCUCCGGGGAGGCCACCUACGUCUCCACCGCGGCCGCGAGGCUGGCCCCGCCCGCCGCGGCGUUCGAGGUCGCCGACCACCGCGGGGCCGCGCUCCUCCGGGGAUCCCUCCGGCGGCGCCCCGACGCCGCCAAGGCCGAUUCUCCUCCCGCCUGGGAAAUCGACUGCGUCCCCGCCGCUGGGGCGGCCGCCUCGGCCUCGGCCUUCGAGGUAUAUGUCGCUGGGUGCUGCGCCGGCGAGCCCGCGGUGCUCACGGGCGCCCUGCGGCUCGCCACGCCUGAGGAAGCUGCAGGCGGAUUGGUUCGCCGCCGGCCUGGGGCAUUGGCGGCUGCAGGCGAUGAAGGCGACAAUGAUAUGAAUACUAGCAGCAUGCAAUACCCUGAAGGUUGGUACUCCGAAGACGACGAUGGGCAGCUCUCAUGGUUCAACGCUGGCGUUCGAGUCGGUGUGGGGAUCGGGCUGGGAGUCUGUGUUGGUGUUGGCAUAGGUGUCGGGCUGCUCAUGCGCUCCUACCAAGCAACGACCAGAAACUUGAAGCGGCGGUUCUUCUGACAGUGUCGCAAAUGAUACCAUUACCUCCGAUGACCCGCAUACUUACGCCCAAUUUGUUUUCCAGAGAGAAAACCGAUGUAUAGUUCGUUCAUGUGUUCUGUGUAGGAAGAGGUGUUGUGUUUCUGUGGUUGUGAUGUGUGAAGUCUUGGAACCGUGGACAUCGCUAUUCGCUCCCACUGCCGUGUGUACAAACUGUGAAGGCGCUCGUUGGACUUGUGAAGAAAAUGGGUUGGGUUUCAACUCUGAGCACAGGGCAGCUGCACGAGUUGCGACUUGAAGCACUGUUGGCUGCUGAGAAUUUGUUAAAUUCCUCCAUGUACAUAUGAAGAAAUGUUGAUUUUAAUCAAAACUUGUUGAAGGCAGUUUUUCCA